CUCAAUAAAUAUUUUCUUCUAUUCUCGACGCCAUUUUUGCUCUGCUCAACAGAGUCAUUCUAACACACAAUUCGUGUUUUGUAGUUUAUUCGCUGAGUUUGGAUUUUCGACCAACUUAAUUUUGCAAUAACGAAACAAAAAGUUUAAUUUGUAAAUAUUUUCAGUGCAGAAAGCACCGAAAUUGUGUCGCAAUGAAUAUUCAUGCAAGAGAGCCGCUUAAUAAACGCGACUUCGAUGCCAUUGCGUUGGAAAAUGAAUCGAUUUUGUGUGGAAUGGAAAUGAAACUGGAGCCGACUGUCAAACAAGAACCAGAAGACAACGAUGGUAUUGUGAUUGUGUCAAGAUCAGCGUACACAGUCAAUAGAACACUUGAAAAUGCGAUUGCUAGUGACCAAGAGAAUGGUGCCAACAUUUGUUUCGAUUUCUACGAUUUGGACGAGGUAAAAUCGGAAGUAAAAACUGGAAAGGUUAGGGAUGCGGUGAAUCAAGUUCCACGGAAGAGCUCUGACGAAAAUCGCAAGCCACGAAACGAUGCGAACAAACGUUUCCCGAAACCAAAAUCAAACGGAUCGGAUGACGUUGCGGCAAAAAAAUGUUCAGCCAAGGUUGGAAAAAGUGGCGAAGCAAACAGUUUUGGUAACAAGCAGAAUCCAGCUCAAGACAAGACAAAUGAAAAGCGACACAAGUGUUCAUUGUGCGAGUAUCAGACUUCCGACAAAAGUCAAAUGAAAAGACACAUGCUCAAGCACACCGGCGAACGACCAUUUCCUUGCAGCCUGUGCCAAAAACGAUUCACCCGGAAACAACAUCUCCAAUCGCACAUGAAAACACACGUCGAUGAGUUUCUGUUCAGUUGCUCGAAUUGUUUGCAAGGAUUUCAUCGCAGCGAAGAGAAAGUGAAACAUGAAACCGGUUGCAAGAUACGUCGCUACGAGUGUCAUCUGUGCAAGGAAUUCUCUACAUUGAGUAAGACGAAUUUGAAACGUCAUCUGCGUGUUCAUUCCGGCGAGAGACCAUUCGAGUGCGACCAAUGCUCAAAGAGAUUCAAGCAAGCAAAUCUUUUGAAACGCCACCACAGAACUCACACCAACCCUCGCCCAUUGAAAUUCAAGUGUUCAUCUUGCUUAAAGAAAUUUGCCCAACAGAAGGAAAAAGAAAAUCAUGAAGCCAAGUGCAAGCGACGCGGAUACCGAUGUGAUUUGUGCAAGACCUACACAACUGAUCAAAAAGGAGAUUUAAUGAAGCACAUGCGAGUCCACACUGGCGAAAAGCCAUUCCGAUGUGAAAUAUGCUCGAAGUGCUUCUCACAAAAGGCACAUCGCAACCGACACAAUAAAAUUCACAAGUAGCUGUCUGCUGUCAAGGAA